GUCAGAUUUUCAGUCGCCUGCCUUACUGCAAAUAUCAUCUUCAAUAAGAAAAACCGGACUGCUGAUUCUCAGGCCACCAGGGGCUUUCAAGAAACAGGAUAAAUAUGUUGCAAAAGGAACCAUAAAGAGGAUGAUGGUAUAGAACAUCUGGAGUUUGAAUUCUGUAAGACAUUAUUAACUAUGGACUCUGGAAAUGUAGUUGGAAGUAAUGGUAAUUUGAGUACAAAUCCUGCCAACAUUCCUGGAGAAGCCCCUCUUAGCACUGAUUGGCCUCAGACACUCAAUGAAAACAAUGGCACAGGAAGUUUGAGGCCUGAAUCGAAUCAGACAUUCCCGGUUGUGGAACCUGGACUUGGGAUCACAACAAAUAGUGACUUAACAACAAGUUUUUCCACUGCUCUUGCUGAAGAUGAUUUUUCUGCCAUGGACAAAAACUUAGGCCCUUCAUCGUUGUCAACAGCAUCUUUCUUGGACGACCCUUUUCAAUUGCAUAUCAAUGGACCCAGUCAGACAAACCCUCCUGUCAGUACUUCUGGUUCCUCAAAACUUGAUGAGGAUAAUGGCUUAGGAUUAUUAGAGAGAAUUUCAGUUAAAGAACCUGGAUAUGAGAGCAAACCUAGCACUGAUAUGUUGACAUUUAAUGGUGCAAGUUUUUACAAAGGUGAUCCUUCUACCCCGGCCAUGAAGUUAAGUGAGUCCCCAACAUCAUCCUCUGCAGCUGGCUUUUCAUCUAAAAACCCUUUUGAAGUGAGCACAAUGUCAGAUUCAACUGGCCCUCAAAAAUUUGAGGAUACCAACUUAUCUUCAGAUAAUAGUGAUGAUGACGAUAUUCUUGAUAGCGAUUUGCCCAAGAAUGAAGAUUCAGCACCACCAGCAGUUCUUGGCCAUCAUAGUGAAUUGAGCACCGGCAGUAAUACAGAAACACAAUCCCCACCUGUGCAGAUGAUGGAGCGGCCUGGUGACGCUAAUACUCCUGAAUACAAACUUCCAUCCUAUGUGUUUGCUAGAACUAGUACUACAGCUCCAAUGGAAUGGAGUGUCACUUCCAAUGAAUCCCUAUUCAGCAUCCAUAUGGGAAAUAUGAGUUUCACUGGUGACCAAUUAUACUUUUUAGGUAAGUCAGGUGAGCUUGGUAAGCCUGGUGAUCCAAGCGUAUCUCCACUCAUCGAUUAUUCGAGUAACCAACCUCCUCCGAGAGAGAAAUCUACAGCAGAAACUGGCCAAAAAAGUGGUAAUUUGGAUGAGGGUCUUGGAGCUACUGAAGCAAAAGCUGCAGAGACAAUGAGAGAAGUUAUAAGGGAAAACGCGGAAAAUCAAAAGAAAGAGGAUGAGUUUCUUGCCAAGGGAGCAACUGUUUCGGCUGUCGCCUCUCCAUCAGGAACAUCUCCUUCUGCUAGCCUUUCUCACCAUUCUGAAGGGAGUACAAAGUCUUUUGCUUUUCCAAUAUUGUCGGGGGAUGAUGAAAAAAAUCUUUCAAUGAGAUCAGGUGUGCAGAAGCAAACACAUCAGCAUACACCAACACAGUCACAACCAGUAACACCUAAAGAAACCCCAGCUGAGGCUCCUAACCCUAAAGCAGCCACAAAUGUUCCUCCGGCCAAAUGGUUAUCUUGCUUCUCUUGUUGCCCAUUCUGUUCUUAAGAGAAAUUUUGGGUGAUGCAAAUACCUUUAAUGUCUCGUACUAAAAAUAUUGUCAUUUUUUGAAAACCAUAGGAUAUAUGUCUGCAGGUCAGGAUAGUCUCAUAGUUUUACAGAGACCAUAAGUGUCUGUUGAAAAUGCAAAGAAAAUCAAAUAUUUUGUAGCCUUGCAGUUUUCUCUUGUUCUCAUUGGAAAGGUCAGCAUGGGAUUCUUCUCCUCCUUUUUUUUUUUUUUUUUUUUUUUGGGGGGGGAUGGUUUUCAUUGGUGUUUGUACAUGAAGUUAAAUUAUUUUUGUAGUACUAGUAGAUGAAACAAAUUGAUAUUCAGUGCAAGCAAAUGUGAAUGAAUUUCCAAUGCAAAAAUAUGUGUGCCUCAUGAUCUUGGAAUCCAAUUUCUU